GCCAUCACGCUAAACGGUCGCUUUGCCAGUGUUACAAAUUCACGUUGCGCUCGAUACGCCGACUCCGACUCCGACGUGUGCUGGCGGUAAGCCCUCAACAAACAGACCAAUCAACCAAACAACCAACUUAUUUGGUUUAGCAAUAAAUCAACAAUAUCGAAAAGAAAAAUUUAUACGCUAAUCAGCGCUGUGUGGCGUGUGGGUGUAAGUGCGCCCAAAAAAAAAGCUUAAAACGUUUGUGCACACAAAAGAAUUUACCUGAAAAUACAGAAUGGAAUUGCAGAGUUUAAUAAAAUGAGUGCCGAUUAACUUAAUACAAACGCCAGUGAAACGAAAUACUUACAUAAAUUUGUUUUGACCAUUUCAUUAUCUUGUGUAAUUACUGUAAAUCCCGCGAAGCAAACACACAUAGUUACACUUUAAGUGCAAGUUUUAAGUAAUUAAAGCGGGACCAAAUAAUCGCAAGCAACAUGGCAGCCGUGCAAACCAUCGAUCAAAUUAAGCUGGGCUUUAAGAUGGUCGACUUUAAAGUGCAACAGCGACGCUUUCGCACCAACGAAAAAACAAUUGUUAGCACCAUAUAUGGACCCGUUAAAGGUGUUAAACGCAAGUCCAUCUAUGGCGAUUCGUAUUACAGUUUCGAAAAGAUACCCUUCGCCAAGCCACCGGUAGGUGAGUUGCGCUACAAAGCACCGCAACCGCCAGAAUCCUGGAUAGAAGUGAGAAGCUGUACGUCGCGUGGUCCAAAGCCACUACAAAAACAUUUUGUAUUCCAAAUGACAGAUGGCUCAGAAGAUUGUCUUUACCUAAAUGUUUAUACAAAGCAUAUAAAUCCGGAUAAGCUUAGGCCGGUUAUGGUGUGGAUUUAUGGCGGCGGUUUUCAGUUUGGUGAAGCUUCACGUGAACUCUAUAGUCCGGACUAUUUGUUGCGCGAAGAUGUCGUCAUUAUUUCAAUAACCUAUCGGCUAGGACCCUUCGGUUUUCUGUGCAUGGACAAUCCCGCUUUCGACGUGCCAGGUAAUGCCGGACUAAAAGAUCAAGUGAUGGCGCUACGUUGGGUCAAGGCAAAUUGCGAACGUUUCGGUGGCGACAGCAAUAAUAUAACAAUUUUUGGUGAUAGCGCAGGCGGUGCAUCAGUCCAUUACAUGAUGAUCACCGAUCAAACUCGCGGUCUCUUUCAUAAGGCGAUUUCUAUGUCUGGAAAUACAUUAACGCCAUGGGCAGUUACGCCACAACAUAACUGGCCAUAUCGUCUGGCAGUGGCUGCUGGUUAUACUGGAGAGGACAGUGAUCAGGAGGUUUUUGCUUUUCUAAGUAAGGCAAGGGGUGCCGAUAUAGUUAAGGCUAAUGAAGACUUAUGUUCCGACGAAGAGAAACGCGAACGCAUUGGCUUUUCCUUUGGCCCAGUGAUCGAGCCCUAUGUGACAGACCAUUGUGUGGUGCCCAGAAAGCCAAUAGAAAUGAUGCGCACCGCUUGGAGUAAUCAUAUACCAAUGAUCAUCGGUGGCGUGUCGAAUGAAGGACUGCUGUUGUAUUCUGAAACGAAAUCUAACCCCAAGUUACUUAAUGAACUCGGCGACUGUCGCUUUGUGGUACCACUCGAACUCGGCAUGGAUCGCGAAAGCGAAUUGUGCAAAGAGUACGGCAUGCAAUUGAGACAAGCAUAUUUUGGCGACAAAGAGCCCAGCUUAGAAACUUUACACGAGUAUCUAUUGAUGGUUUCACAUGAAUACUUCUGGUUCCCCAUCUAUCGCACAGUAUUGUCGCGUAUGACAUACGCCACCGCGCCCACCUAUUUGUAUCGUUUCGAUUUCGAUUCGAAGCAUUUCAAUCACCUGCGUAUACUCAGCUGUGGCAAGAAGGUACGCGGCACGUGUCACGGCGACGAUCUCUCCUAUUUGUUUUAUAAUUCUGUUGCACGUAAGCUGAAAAAUCAUACACGUGAGUACAAAUGUAUCGAACGGCUUGUGGGUAUGUGGACACACUUUGCCGCGCACUCCGAUCCCAACUAUGAUCCAGACCACGCAGAUUUAUGGCAGCCUGUAACGAAAGCCUCUUUGGAGAAACGAAAAUUAAAGUGCCUUAAUAUAUCCGAUGAACUGAAAGAGAUCGAUGUGCCAGAGUUGAAGAAGUUGUUGGUUUGGGAGAACUUCUACGGUCCGGAUCAGCUUAUAUGAAUACUGGGAACCACAAGAGCUUACCUAUAGAUUCAACGAACUUCCACAUCAAGAGAGGCGAAUCAACUUAUCAUAUAUGUCAUUGCUUUAACUUUUAAAUUUCUAAAGGAUUUUGCAUUGCCAAGUCAAAGGUAUGUACUGUUAGUAAAUAUUUAAACGUCAAAGACGAAGCAUAAAAGGCAAUUUGGCUCGAGACGACUUUUUACAGAGCUCAAGUAAAAUAAUAAACACAUUUUAUUGAAAAUAUUUAAGCAAAUUGUAUAUAUUAUAGUAAGCUGAGGCAUAAAAAUAUUACCUAUUAAAAGAUUUAAGAAAGCUUUGAUAAAAUUGAAACCAAUGUAUUAGAAUGAAAAAAUCUGCUGAUUAAAAAAUUUGGGAGCACAAAUUCAAAAGUUUAUAAAUAUGGAGGUCCUCAUAAAUGUUAUAGUUAUGUUAAAGUUAAAGCAGUUUUACCACCUCCUUAAAGCAUUGCCGAAGCUUAAGGUAUAAAACAUUUUUAUCGUACAAACCAAUGAAAAAAUUUUGCAAAUCUACGCUUCAAAGAUACCACCAAUUUUAACUGUAAUUAAUAUAAACUAAAAUCUGACAUAUUCUAACUACAAUUUAUAUUUUUAAAUAAUUUAUAAAAAUAAGAAGGUCAUGCCUUUCAUCAUUGCCUCGAAGCAAAUAUUUUAGUGUAUGUAAGUUUUUUUUUUUUAAUUUCCGAAAGCCAAAACAUUUUAAUAAGAGCUUCAGAGCUUUUCGCAUGAAUUACUAAGGAGUCUAAUCUCAAGUUCGUAAAUCCAAAGUCAUGACAUAUUUGAAGAAUUCGCAAGCAAAAGGAUUUCAGAAAAAGUUUAAGAGCUUACCGAAAAUUUAACAGAGGGAAUAAAACUAGCAAAUUUUUUAAAAAUAGCUUAAGGCUCUUAUAGCUGAAAUUAUAAGCGCGUACAAAUUUUACAUUGAAUACGAAAGUUAUUAACCGCAAACAUAUUUCAAACACGCAAUUAACAUUCUGGCAACUCCAAUAUAACACAGUUAUUUUUUAAAGUCUUCCAAAAGUGAAAGUCGCGAAGUUUGAAAGCUUUAAUGUAUGCUUUGAAAACGCAGAAACUUUUGAAAGCUGGAAAGCUUUCUAUAGACACAGUAGAGAGCUCGAAAAUGUUAUUUAAAUGUUUAAUAGUAAUAAUUUAUACAAAUGACAAAAAGUUUGUAUUGAUUAAAGCGAACAAAGUUUUCGUAUUGGUAAAUAUUCGUUGUUUUUAAUGUGUGUGAAGUCUAGCUUUUGUAUUAUAUAACAAAAGCGUUAAGUAAAAUUUCACAAAGAUGCUAUUAAGAAAGAAUUUGAACGCUUUAAUUUGAUUGUGAUCUACUUUUGUAUUGACCAUUAUAUAGAAUAUGUCUUGUAAAACUUCCAGAAAAAAA